AAGCAUUGUUGCUGGUUGUAGGAGCGUCACCAGGUAGUUUAGAAGCCCCCACUGGACCAGCAGCAGUCAGAAAGCUUGAAGUACACUUUGGAGACGCAAAGGAGAAGUUGAAACUGGACGCAGCCGACACCCUAAAUAUAGAAAUAGCUUGAGAAAUAGAAGAGAACAUGCUAGGUUUGUACGUGCUGCUGACACUGUUCGUCUCGGUCGGGUGGGCGCUACCGCUUGCGGAGAAAGACACCGCCGAGAAGGUGAAGUAUUGGGCCUUGCCGGCGAAAAGGGUCGUCAGAGACACGGAAGUGAAACGGUUUGUGAAGAGAGACGAGAAUGGAGACUAUCUCGACCUGGCGUUGACGUACGAAAGUACGUUCUACAUUGCGGAAGUAUUGAUGGGGUCGAACUCGCAGAAGUUGGACGUGUUGCUCGACACAGGGUCGUCGGAUUUCUGGGUCGUGGCGUCGAAGAACAGCUACUGCGAGGCCGGUACCGCUGGCUCUUUGCAGAAGGGUAGGAAGAUCUCUUCCAUCUUCGGUCCGGUCGACAACACCACGGACACGGGAAUGAACAAGGGCGCAGUGUCGAAAAGCGCCUCGGACGCCAUCGACUGCUCGCAGUACGGCACGUUUGACCAGUCGGCCUCGACCAGCUUCCACUCAAAUGGCACCUCGUUUGCCAUCGCGUAUGACGACCAGACCUUUGCAAAGGGGACGUGGGGCCAAGACACGAUUCGCUUGGGCUCUGUGAGGAUCGACCACAUGAACGUCGCCGUCUGCGACAAUACAGACAACGCGCAGGGCGUCCUCGGCAUCGGCUUGCCCGGCUUGGAAGUCACGUCUUCCAACACGGAUACCAACAAGUACGAGUACGAAAACUUGCCCAUCAAGCUCGUCCGUGACGGGAUCAUCAGCAAGGCAGCGUACUCGGUCUACCUAGACGCCUCCUCGAACUCAGAGAUUUUAUUUGGCGCAGUCGACUCCUCCAAGUACGAAGGUGAGCUUGUCGCCUUGCCCAUUGUCAAUGCAUUGGCCUCCCAGGGAAUUACCUCCAAAAUCCAGCUCACCGUCACAGUCAACUCCCUGGCUGUGCUUAGUGCGGGGGGGAACAAGGCUGCAGCCAUCGGCGCCGGUGCAAUUCCAGCUCUUCUCGACACAGGGACAACCUUGACCUACGCCCCUCAGAACAUCAUCGAUUCCUUUGUUUCUUUGCUUGGCCUCGAAUAUUCUGACUCGAUCGGCUACUAUGUCGGCCCUUGUACUCUGGGCGACACUAAUUCUGUGAGGUUUGAUUUUCAGGGCUUGCAGCUCGACAUCCCGCUCUCCAACUUCUUCAUCUCCCUGACCACUGCAUCUCUUCAGCCUUCCACCCAAUGUGCCUUCGGUAUCCUCUCUUCAAACGACGAGACAUACCUCACCUUGGGCCAGUCUUUUCUUCAGAGCGUAUACAUGGUUGCAGAUUUGGAAGACAUGAAGAUCGCUUUGGCAAUGAGCUCCUCUAAGAAAAGUCCUCAGGAUAUCUCUCCAAUUGACAGCGUGAUUCCUCAAGCAAAGAACCCUCAGCACACAAGCACUUAUGGCCCUGGCUUCAAUGCAUUUGAGGUGACGGCUUUGCCUUCCGCACGUGCUGUCGACCUUUCUUCCGUUGAAUUCCUUCAUUUGCCAUCUUCACAUCUGCCUUUUGUCGCAUCGUCUGUAUUGAAGAGCACAUUCUCGGCAUCAACUUCCACAUUUGCAUCUUCAUCGGCUACAGUGUCAUCAUCAUCCUCUCACUUUUCUUCGUCAAAUGCUGUUUCCUCAUCCGCUGCCUCACCCGCUGCUUCUUCCACUGCUGCUUCCACUGGCAGCUCGGCAAGCUCAUUGUUCUCAGUAAGCAAAGGGCCAAGCCAGUCCAUACAGUCCACUGCAAGAUCUGCCUCAUCGGUAUCAUCUUCAAAGGUUUCACCAUCCGCUUCCAAAAAGACUCUUUCUAGGGCCUCUGCCUCUACAUCUCCCCUUGUUUCUUCUUCCUCAGCUACCUUUGCAUCCAGAAAACCAUUAAGCUCGCUGAGGUCAUCAUCGAUCUCUGCUGCUGCUGCUUCACCUGUAUCUUCUAUUUCCCAAGACAAAAAGAAUGCAGGUACAAGAUUGUCAGCAGGUGCCAGUGGAAUCGCACUGAUGUUUAUUGCAUUAUUAUAGGUUGGCUUGAUCUUUGUCAAAACCUUUAAUGAAAAUGGGAACAUUUUUGUCAAGUUUAGCUCCUCAUGUACUCUGAUUUCUUUCGUUUAUUGCCCAAAAAUUGGUUAUUCCUUUGGAUAUGGAAUAACCUAAUGAUAUCCCCAUUCCAUAGUAACUUUGUUUCCAGUAUACCCACAUCUAGAAUGUGCAUUUUUGUUAUUAUCUAAAACUAUUAUAUAUUGUAUACAAUCUGGUAACGUUUA